AUCUAUUAAAAGCCCGUAUCAAAGGUAUGUUCCAGAUUCUAUUAAUAGCAUUAUUACAAUACUGAAAGGUAAGACGGGAUUUCACGACAGUUUCGGUUGUACAAGUGAACAGGUAGAUCUGUACAAAGAAAGUGAAGACGUCCAACAUGGCAUCAACCACGGAAUGCUAUUUGUUGAUUCUUUGGUUAUGUCUGGCAUUUUGUGCGGGUCAAGAUACUGCCUCGACGACUGAAACUGCCCCCACCCCAGAAAUGUCCCCUCCCGACCUCCUGCUGCCCAUCGUCGUCCCUGUGGCGGUGACAGUGCUGUGUACAGUCAUCAUUAUUGUCGUCAUCAUCAUCUACCUCCGUAAAUGUCAUCAUACAGGGGGAGACAGAGUCUCUGAUGCGGAGACAGGCAAAAAGACGGACAAAAAGACAGACAAACCCAGCCGUUUUGAGAUGGGACUCCUGAGCACGGCUUCCACAGAUCGAGAAGCAGAGUCUGUCCUGAAUGGAGCAAAAGAACAACUGAGAGAGAUUAAAAGUCUUGAGAAAAACCUGGCCCUUUCUGUAAAAGAAUUCAAGAGUCUGAUGUGGCAUGCCAACUCAGUUUUGAAGCUAAUAGAUGAGGGAAUUGAUGAAGAGAGUGAACCUAAAACCCUGAAAGAUGAACUGUUUGAAGAAGUGAACAAGAGAGUGGCUAAAGAUCCCAAUGAUAAACCAGACGAAGAAGAAGAGGAGUCAAAGAAAAGGAGGAUUGAAAGUGUCAGAGAAAAACAAAACAGACUGUUUACAGGUAUUUCUCUUUUUUUAAAAUUAGGCAAAAAAUAUAUCAAGGAAGCAAACCAGAAAGACAUAGAAAUCAGAAACUUCACGAAAGAUGCAAAGAAAGCUUUAACCCAAGUGAAGGACCGUGUUCGAGACAUGAGGAAGUCCACAGAUAAAAAGAAGGACGUGAAACACGGAAAACUGGGAACUGGAGAAGAGAAGAAGCCUUUACUGGAGAAAAAGUGAUUGAAAUGGAUCUUAGUUUCUGAACCAGCUUCGACCAUUGUGUUCCGUGCUAUUACUGACAUUUAAUGAAUCAACAAGCCAUUCAUAAUCAACAGUGUAAAUGAUUUCGGCUCAAAACUCUACAUAUUUGCUCUACUCUUAAUUUAUAUAGUUUAUUUAUUAAUAUGUGAUCCAUCUCACAGUUCAAUAGUACAAAGUUGAGUAGACCAAGGUGCUAGUAUGUUUGAAAAAUGUAGGAAUAUCUUUCCAGGAAGAUUGAAAUACAUGUGUGCUUUAUUUGCCUCGUUUUCACGUAGGCUCCCCACUCUCAAAGUACUGAAGUAUUCAGUAAAUGUAACCCGAAACUAAUCAGAAAUCAAAAUAAUACAUGUAUUUAAUUAGGACUUUGCUGAGGGGAAAUUAAAGAUAAAAAAGCAUUGCUAGUCUUGUUACACAUCGAUGAACAAUAGAUGAAACACACACACACACACACACACACCCUCACACACACACACACACCCUCACACACACACACACACACACACACACACACACACACACACACACACACCCUCACACACACACACACACACACACAACCUAGCCAUUAUUUGAUGUGAAAUAAAAAUAACUUUUUAUAAUAUUCUUGCGUUUCCAUGAUUAUACGUUAUAUGUGUCAUUUUGAAUUUUCGCAAAUAAUCCAAUGUACAUGUCGUACUAUGCUUUUCUACAUGUAUUUAUCAUUGCACAGCGUAUGUCUAGCAGUGAGGAACUGCACUUUGAUGUGAAUAUAUGUAUAUGUAUUGAAAAGACCAUAAUCGUUGGCAUUUGUGUUAUGUUUGAAGGUUGCGUCUUCAAAAAUCGCAGUAUCUUGGUUGCAAGAAAAUGUAUUGAAGAGGUUGUAUUUUUAAAGCUUUUUGAAAUAAUUGCCUUUCAUUGUAUAUGCUAUACAUGUAUAUAUAUAGUUUUUAAAUUAAUAAAGAAUUAUGACUGCUUGG